GGUCACUUUUUUUGUGUCUUCUUCUUGUCCUUCCUAAUUAUAUCCUUCUCGUCCUGGCACAAAACCAAAUUACAGUUCUCAUAGUUUUGCGAUACUAAUGGAGAGAGAAAAACUAGAAGUGAAAGAGAAACUCACUUUCAUUACUGCUAAAGUGGUUGAGUAUUUGGAGCCAUUGAUGUCAAGAGAGCUUCUCUGCAAGUUCCCAGAUAACACUGCUUUCGAUUUCGAUUACUCCCAGAGUUCUAUAUGGUCUCCUUUGGUCCCCCGUACGCACAGUCCCAUGGACCUGGAAUUUGAUUUGGUCACACCGAGAAAGCUUACUUACGGGUUUGAUCCAGAUUUUGACAGAAAGAGCAGAAAUAGUGCCAAGAAACGAACUCCCUGCCUGAAGAAGAAAAUCAAUGUCAAUCUCAAUCUUGAUAUUUUGAAGAAGAAGAAGAACAAGAACAAGAAGUUCAAUGCUUCUGAGUUUUCUCCAACUCCAGUCAAGAGUUCUUGUGUGCCCUUCCCCACUAAGGGAUGGGGAAAGGUGCUGAAAGCAGCCUCUAAACGGUUCAAGAAGAAGAAGAAAGAUCCAAGCAUCCAUGUGAAGCUCUCCAACUACUUGAGAGAUUCAAAUAUUUGAUUUCUUACUGAAUUUGUAAUUUGUUCACAUUACCAUUGUGGCUUCCCGGUUGUUUUAACAGCAAACUUCCAUUUUGAUACUUUUUCAUACAUA